GUGCGUACAGUUGCACUCACGAUCCGUCCAAUCCGUUUAGAUUUUUAUUUUUUAUUACUUUUUUAGUUCAGUUUCAGUUCGAUUUUGUUUUGAUUUCAAUUCGGUUCAGUUUCUUUUUUUUUGCUUCAUUUUCUGAACGCUGCUUUCCCCGCCUUCGCUGUUCUCCAUCGCAACGAUUCCGAAUCGGACUUUCGUUUUUUCUGUUGCGAAUGCAGCCGAGAGUACUAUGCUCGUAGCGCCUGGAGCGCUGCUCUCGCCUGGUUUCAUCCUAGUUCCGGAAUGUCCACUUAGCCAGGCGAUUGGGGAGUCAUGCCAGUGCAACCAGUCCGACCCGUGAGCACCUACGACAACUUGGGCGCCUCCCAGUCCAAGCAGCUGGCGUCCGGCAUGGCUGGCGAACCGGAACCGGAAGUGGAAGUGGAGCUCAAUGGCAGCCACACCAGCCACAGCAUAGCCGCUGUAAAGGCGGCUCUAAACGAUGCCAAGUCCAAAUUCUUCGGGAUCAACAACUAUGAGUCACCCGCGGCCAAUAGGAGCGCACCACUGGCGAUUGUCAAGCCGGAGCCAAAGUAUCAGAAUGUACCGCAGCGGGAUGAGCUGCCGGCAGUGGCAGCUGCUGCCGAUCCGCCAACGCAACCAGCACAGCUGCCGGCUCCAGCUGGCGAUCAUGGUAGGGCACUGCGCUAUGCGACCACCUACGAACAGAUUCCCCUCAGCGACUUGGAGCCACCGCCGCAGGCAUCGCAGGCCGUCUACAUGAGCACCACGGUGCCACAAAACAUGAAGGGCAUGAAGAUCGCCGGACGACAUACGCCCACUCGCAACAGCCUGAGGCACAGCCGCAUGAUCGUUGUCAAUCACAAAAACCACGACGGUCUCCAGGCCACCAGGAAUCUGAAUAUAUCCCGCCAGCUUCUAGUUAUGCAAUUAGCUGUGGGACUCUUUAUUGUGGGUCUUGCCGCUUGGAUACUAAUCCUAGCCCCAAACGCAUCCAUAUUGAUCAAUCCGUAUCUGAGCGGACUGUCGCUGCUUUUGGCCAGCAUUGCGGGUCUCAUACUGCUUCGAAGGGAUCACAAGAUCACGGACCACAGACCGCCCAACAGUUGCUACAAGGUCCUGCUGGCCGAGUCGUACGUCUUCACUGGCCUGGCUCUGAUCUUCUGCUGCUUGGCCCUUGUCUGUGCGGCGAUCGAGUUCGCGGAGCUCAUCUCAUCCGCUGAUGGUGAAUGCGGACCAACAUCGAGCUCACUGCUGAGCUAUCACAAUUGCACCUGCUUUCCGGCAGGUGAGGCGGUGGCCAAAUCCUCCUCCGAGGCACCAAUGGCAUUCACUGCUGCCCAGGAGGAGCCUUCACAAAACGAUGGUUGUGCCGAGCUGCGGAUCGAAUGGAAGUAUCUGCUCGCCUUCUCGAUGGCGCUCAACACUCUGGGCAUAGUUGCAACAUUCUUAUACAUAACGCUAUUUAUUUGUUGCCACCGCAAGAGAGAGCACUUUUACACGUCUGUAUGAGGAGGUUUACACCUA